AUGGGCCGAUAUGAGACGCUCAUGUCAUUACGCGCAGCUAUUUUUGGUGACAUUAUGUUGUGCCACGACUGGGUCACAGGUGAGCGUGUGGUGGUGAAGACUGUUAAUCUACAGCUAGCGUUACAGCAACUUUCGCGCUCGCAAAUGCUUGCGCAGGAGAAUGUGCUACACGAAGUGGAGGUGCUAAAUCGCGUGCGUGCGAUGGGUGGACAUCCAAACGUUAUUAAUAUGCACAGCUACUAUGUUGUCGAGGGCGGCGAAGUGCUGCAUAUUGUACUUGAUUAUUGUGAGGGAGGUGAUUUGUUAGACGCGUGCGUGCAGCCACCCGUUGAAAAGAUUUGUGAUGGUCAAAGCAGCAGUGGCAUUUGCGAUGGAAAUCAGAAAGACAGUGCUAUUAUUUUGAAGGCCGUGGAAGCACAUCACGAGCAAAGACCUGAACAAGACUUUACUAUGGACGGAUCACUUUUGAAUGGCGUGGACGGGUCGAAGCGACUACAAGAGCAUGUAGCGCAACGGUAUUUAGUAGAUGUCUUAUCCGGAUUGCGCUUCUUGCAUAAUCAUGGCAUUGCACAUCGAGAUAUCAGUCUAGAAAACAUUUUGCUACGUCAGGGGCGCGCGGUGAUCGCAGAUUUUGGAUUGUGUGCAUCGGCGGCACCAGGCUCUUUGUUAGACAACGAAUUUUAUUGUGAAGAGACGGUAGGAAAGAAUUAUUAUAUGGCUCCAGAGAUAGUGGCGUGUGAGCGGUACGAUCCCCGACGGUCAGAUAUUUGGUCUACAGGAAUUGCAUUUUUCAUCUUACUGACGUCAUCACCGCCGUUUGAACGCGCGGAUCUAUCUGAUCCGGGCUUUCGAUUUGUGGCAAAGCGUGGUAUUAAAGCAGUAUUCACGGCGUGGGGGAUGGAACGGGAGGUGUCGGAAUUGAUGCAGGAUCUGCUGUCCCGAAUGCUGUGCGUUGAACCAGAAAAGCGAAUCACAAUUGAGGAGAUUUGGCAGCAUCCGAUGCUGCAGCACUCGCGAUGCAAUUGA